AUGGGUGAAGGUGAAGCGAAGAGCGAUGCCAAAGAUGUUACCGAUGAAAUGGAAGAAAGUGGUCAGAUUGAAGGUCUCCAAGAUGACGAGUGUGAACCGCCGACUGGUGACGCAGGUCAAAACGAGAAGCCUAUCGAAAUGGAAGAGGACUUUCCCGAAGAUAUCCAGGACAUUGAUCGCAACGAACCUGGAGAUGAUAAUGAAAAGUCAGGGGAUGAGAGCGAAGAAGAGCCGGAACCCGAAGAUCAAAUGGGAGAUGUUGACGAAGCAGACGAUCAACAACUCGAUCCGAAACUUUGGGAUGAGGAAGAAAAAGAUUCAUCCCCGAAAGGAACUGAUGAGGACAACGCGCAGCUGCGACACACAUACGCGAUGAACUGGCUGCAAAAGAGGAUGACACAGUGGCUGCGGACGAGAAGUCAGGUGAAAAUGAAAAGAGGAAGAGUCAAAUGA